AUGGCUUGGAUGACUUAUAUUUCCCACUGGUUUGAUGAAGAUGAUUGGUAUGAAGGACAACAACGAGCAAAAAUGUCACACGUUAAACAAGUGGGACUUUUAGCUGCUGGAUGUCAGCCAUGGAACAAGGAUGUAUGUGCUGCUAGUGGGGACAGAUUUGCCUACUGUGCUACCCUUGCUAUUUAUAUUUAUCAGCUGGAUCACCGAUACAAUGAAUUCAAGCUCCGGGCAAUUAUGUCUGAACAUAAGAAGACAAUCACAGCCAUAUCUUGGUGUCCCCACAAUCCUGACAUGUUUGCGAGUGCCAGUGCAGAUAGUUUAGUGAUUAUUUGGAACAUGACUGAACAGAAAGUUGUGGCCAAGCUGGACAAUACUAAAGGAAUUCCUGCAUCGCUUACCUGGUGCUGGAAUGCAGGUGAUGCAGUUGCAUUUGUGUCCCACAGAGGUCCAUUGUACAUUUGGACUAUCUCAGGACCUGACAGCGGGGUAACUGUACACAGAGAAGCACAUAGUUUCUUGUCAGAUAUCAGUCUGUUUAGAUGGCAUCCAAAGAAAAAAGGAAAAGUAGUAUUUGGACAUACUGAUGGAAGCCUAUCUAUUUUUCAACCAGGAUCUAAAAAUCAGAAACAUGUCUUAAGACCAGAGUCUCUUGAAGGAACAGAUGAAGAGGAUCCAGUUACAGCACUGGAGUGGGACCCUUUGUCAACUGAUUACCUUCUUGUUGCUAAUUUACAUCAUGGAAUUCGGCUAGUUGAUUCUGAAUCUCUGUCCUGUAUCACAACUUUCAAUUUUCCCAGUGCAGCAGCAUCUGUUCAGUGUUUAGCCUGGGUGUCUAGUGCACCUGGAAUGUUUAUAACUGGAGAUUCUCAAGUUGGUGUGUUGCGUAUUUGGAGUGUUUCACGUACAACACCUUUAGGUAAUUUUAAAUUGAAGAAAAGUGGUUUCCAUGGUUUGCAUGUGUUAAGUUCUCCUCCAAAGAAAAAGUCAUGUUCAACACAGUAUCCUGCUAAAAAUCACCAUACAUCCUCAACAAGUGAGGCUGUUCCUCCUCCAACUUUAACCCAAAACCAAGCAUUUUCUCUUCCUCCUGGACAUGCUGUCUGUUGCUUCAUGGAUGGUGGAGUGGGGCUUUAUGACAUGGGAGCCAAAAAGUGGGAUUUUCUUAGAGAUUUGGGACAUGUUGAGACCAUCUUUGAUUGCAAAUUCAAACCUGAUAACCCUGAUCUUCUUGCUACAGCUUCAUUUGAUGGCACAAUAAAAGUUUGGGACAUAAAUACUUUAACAGCGGUUUACACAUCUCCUGGUAAUGAGGGGGUUAUUUAUUCUCUUUCUUGGGCUCCAGGCGAUCUGAACUGCAUAGCAGGUGCAACAUCCAGAAAUGGUGCCUUCAUCUGGGAUGUUCCAAAAGGCAAAAUGAUAACCAGAUUCAAUGAGCAUGGAAAGAAUGGAAUCUUCUGCAUUGCCUGGAGUCAUAAAGAUUCCAAAAGAAUAGCAACCUGCAGCAGUGAUGGAUUUUGUAUUAUUCGAACUAUUGAUGGCAAGGUUCUUCACAAGUACAAACAUCCAGCUGCAGUGUUUGGCUGUGAUUGGAGUCAAAACAACAAAGAUAUGAUAGCUACUGGUUGUGAGGAUAAAAAUGUUCGUGUUUACUACUUGGCAACCAGCUCAGAUCAGCCACUGAAAGUUUUUACAGGGCAUACUGCAAAGGUAUUUCAUGUACGGUGGUCUUCCCUGAGAGAAGGAAUCCUCUGCAGUGGCUCUGAUGAUGGUACUGUUCGAAUAUGGGAUUAUACACAGGAUGCUUGUAUAAAUGUUCUUAGUGGACAUACAGCUCCAGUACGGGGACUGAUGUGGAAUCCUGAAAUUCCUUACCUUCUAAUAUCUGGCAGUUGGGACUAUACAAUUCGAGUCUGGGACACAAGAGAUGGAACAUGUUUGGACACAGUUUAUGAUCAUGGUGCAGAUGUAUAUGGAUUAACAUGUCACCCUAGUCGUCCAUUUACUAUGGCAUCUUGCUCUCGUGACUCCACUGUGAGACUCUGGUCAUUGACACCUCUUAUAAACCCUCUACAAAUAAAUAUCUUAGCAGAUAGAUGUUGGGAUGACAUUAUCGGUAAUACAGAUCGUGCUGUGGAAUCUGAUGCUCCUCCUUUGCUGUGUGGUAAAGUUUCCAGAGAUAUUAAACAAGAAUUGGAAAAAUUGACAGGAAAUGCUCGAGCAAAAAAACUAAGGUGGUUUUCAGAAUGUUUUUCACCUCCAGGAGGAAGCAAAAAUUUAUGGGAUUUAGUUGCUGUAAUAAAAGGACAGGAUGACAGUUUGCUUCCACAAAACUACUGCAAAGGAAUUAUGCAUAUGAAACAUCUCACUAGAUUUAGAAUGGUAAGUGAAGCAUAA